AUGUCCUCUUUUAAGGACACAUCGAUAGAGAUAAUUUCUGAGGAUGGACCGGCAGACUUCAACGUUAUGAUGCAAGAGGGUGUUAAAGCCUUGACAAAGAUUUUGACGAAUCAUUUACAAGAUAACCCCGGAUUUCUCAAGCAGCAAUCAAUGAAGAUGAUGUUUAAGGACGAUGCUGGUGGUGGUUUGGACCCACGGAAAGUUUUUGAAGUAGAUGGGAAGGGUGACAACUGGCUCAGGGAGAUUGAUGAAGAAGCGUUCGAAGCGUCUGAGCUGGAUAACAAAAGUAACUACCACACGUAUCAGGCCGAAGUACCGACAAUGAACGGUGAAUUAACAAAACCUGCUCUCUCAGAAGAUGCGGCGGCAAAACAUGCAGAAGGAGAAGGAGAAAUAGUGUUUGACUACGGUGAGCAAGAUCUGAUGUCGCUUCCCGGCGAUUUUGGCGACAAUCUCAAGAAGAUGGUAGCAUCUAGUAUUGCACAGCAAGACUUGAGUGGAGCCCAGCGUGAUUUAGACAUCGAUUUUGAUGUGAACGUUGACGUAGACGUGAAUCUCGAGGAGACACAUGGCGACCGUGGGCACAAUGCAAUACCGCAUGGCUCACAACACCGUCCAAACCGUCAGAACUGCCGUCAUCAUGACCCGGGGGCCUUUGAGUAUCCGCGCAAUCCAAAAAGAACACCCGAUUUUGCAAGCCUAAUAACAAACGACGAGCCUUUGUGUAUGUUUUGCGAGUACUACUUUGUCUUCGGAGAGCCUCCCAAGAAUAUGAUACGUUGGUUUCAAAGAGACGGAGGCAACACGUCAUCUGCGCCGUGUAACUCCCAUACCCAGCACUAA